AUGGCUCCCGACCCUCGAUACAAGCUCUCUGACGAGCAGAUCGCUCACUUCAUGCAAUAUGGCUACGUUCGUGUCCCCGAGUGCUUUUCCCGAGAGAAGGCAGCAGCAUGGACCGCCGAUGUAUGGACCAGACUGGGAUUCUCCCCAACAGACAAGGCCACCUGGACGACCGAGUGUACUCAUAUGCCCGAACACAAGGAAGAACCUGUGAAAACAUUUGCACCCAAGGCGUGGGCUGCCAUCUGUGAGCUCCUGGGCGGCAAGCAUCGCAUUGAUCCAGAUUCAGCUACCUGGAACGACGCAUUCAUUGUGAACCUGGGUACUCCUGAAAUGGAAGGGAAAUGGCCUCAUCCAUCUGAGCUAGAAGGGUGGCAUGUUGACGGAGACUUUUUCAUUCAUUUUCUUGAUUCGCCGGAGCAAGGACUGCUGGUCAUUCCUUUGUUCAAUGACAUCCAGGAACAUGGAGGAGGGACCAUGAUUUGUACUGAGUCUGUGAAACAUGUGGCUCGGUUUCUGGUAAGGGAUAUUCUGUUUGACCAUUUUGGCUCUUCAGCUUGUUUGUUUUUGCUUCUUCGGGCUAUCGCUAACACAAUCAUUUCCAAGUACGACAAUCCUCGAGGUGUUUCACCGUAUAUGGUGCCCCGCGGCUUCAAGUUCCGCAAACCAACAGUUGACUUCUACGAUUCGAUUCUGGAGAAAUGUACCGAAUUCCAUGAAAUGACUGGCAGUGUUGGCGAUGUGAUCCUCCUCCAUCCAUUGAUGGUGCACUCUCAAUCCGUCAACAGUCUCAGAAUUCCACGGAUCAUCACUAACCCUCCUGUAUCGCUCAAAAAGCCAUUUAAUUUCGAUCGCAAAGAUCCCGGUCGGUUUAGUAUAGUUGAAAGGAAGACACUUCAAGAUCUUGGAACAGAUCGAUUGCGAGGCUGGAAGAUUAAAGGGGGUCGAGAGUUGGUGGUUCCAGAACGAGUGAAAGAACACGAAGAGAUGAAGGAACAGGAGCUCGGAAGACUGAAUGUGUGA